AUGAAUCUAUUUCUACGGAAUGUUGGUGAAGAGGCCAUGAAAUCCCAUCCGGAGAUACCGAUCCUUGCCAAUAGCGUCGCUAAAGAGUGCAAGGGUCUGCCCCUUGCGCUCAUCACCAUCGGGCGGGCCAUGGCAUGUAAGAAGACACCACAGGAAUGGAAGCAUGCAAUAUCAGUUCUGAGCACAAGCAAGCCACCAUCGGAGAUAUCAGGUAUGAAUGAUAAAAUGCUUUUGCGCUUGAAAUUCAGUUAUGAUAAUCUCGGUGGUGACACGAUUAAAUCGUGUUUCUUGUACUGCGCACUAUUUCCGGAGGACUACUCCAUUAUCAAAGAACAACUUAUAGAUUACUGGAUAGGCGAAGGAUUCUUAGAUGAGUGGGAUGAUGACCUUGAUACAGCCCAUAACAAGGGACAUGAUAUCAUUGGAAGAUUAAAGGCUGCAUGCUUGUUGGAGAGUCGUUCUGAUGAAGAAAGAGAGGUAAAGUUGCAUGACGUGAUACGUGAUCUGGCGUUAUGGAUAGCUUCUGAGUGCAGGAAGAAUAAGAAGAGGUUUUUGGUGAGAGCUGGCAUGGGACUGAAGCAUGCACCAGAGGUUGAAAGGUGGAAGGAGGCCGAGAGGACAUCUCUAAUGAAUAAUGGCAUAAAAGAAGUAACAGAGACACCUUAA